AUGUCAGUAGGAGUGCCGGGAACGAUGCUUCCUGACCCACACACCAAGUACACAGGAUUCCAACAAAUCCACAACCCAAACCGGAAAUGGCCUAACCAGGUUUUGACGAAGCCUCCGGUUUGGCUUUCAACUGAUUUGCGUGACGGAAACCAGUCUCUCAUAAACCCUUUGACCAUUGAGCAAAAAUGGGAAUACUUCCAGAUGCUCGUGGAAAUUGGUUAUACGGAGAUUGAAGUCUGCUUCCCCGCCGCAUCCCAAGUCGAGUUCGAUUUUACCAGACGUCUGAUUGAGACGCCCAACAUCGUUCCUGACACUGUGCGCUUGCGUGGUCUUUCUCCCACCCGUGAAGACUUUUUAGCUCGCACCGUCGCCGCCCUUCGUGGCGCCAAGAGGGCAUCUGUUUGCACCUACAUCUGCGUCAGUGACAAGCAGCUCAAAUACCAAGGCUUCACACGAGAAAAGGCACUCGAGCAGGCUGUCAGAUCUGUCCGGUAUCUUCGAUCUAUCACCAAAGAUGACCCGGAAUCGGCGGCAGUGACCGACUGGACCAUGGCCUUUGGCCUUGAGUCCUACAACGAGGCCGACCACGAUUACGCUGUUCAGAUCACUGAGGCUGUCAAGGAGGCCUGGGAGCCCACUGUCGAAGACCCUUUGGUUGUGGUAUUGGCGACUAGUACCGAAGUUGCUACCCCCAACGUUUUUGCGGACCAAGUCGAGACCUUUCGAGCGGCUUUGUCUGACCCCGAAAAGAUUUCCAUUUCAAUUCACACCCACAACGACCGUGGAUGUGGUGUGGCUGCAGCUGAAUUGGGUAUGCUUGCAGGGGCUGACAUGGUUGAGGGAUGUCUGUUUGGUAACGGAGAACGCGCUGGCAAUGUUGAUCUCGUCACACUGGCCCUGAACUUGUACUCGCGCGGCAUCCACCCUGGUCUCGACUUUUCAAAGCUGUACGACAUCAAGAGAAAGUACGAAAAGCUCACUGGCUUGAUCAUCUCUCAGCGUAUGCCCUACACUGGCGAGUUUGCGCUUCAAGCCUUUAGUGGCAGCCAUCAGAACAUCAUUCGCAAGGGUAUUGCGCAGAGAGUUGAGGCUGCCGAGAAGGGCAUCCGGCCGAUUUGGGAUAUCCCGUACCUCCCUCUGGAUCCUGAGGACUUGGGAAUUCCUCUAGACACAAUCAUUCGGGUAAACUCCCAGAGUGGCAAGGCUGCUGCGACCUGGAUCCUCAACAGACGCUGGGGCCUUGACAUCCCCGUCGAGCUUCAAGUCAAUUUCGGAGGCCGGGUUCAGAUGAUGUGCGAGGCUCUUGCACGAGAGAUCUCACACCAGGAGGUCAUUAACCUCUUCAUUGCUAGUUACGCACUUACGCCAAGUGAGAAGCACGACAGCACCUCCAACAUUGGCAGCAUCUCCGUCACCAGCGAUGGAACACUGCAGACCGUUGUGGGAAUGAUCAACCCUGCCGACAGCUUCGCCAUUCGCAUCGACGGAACUGGGCCCGAUAUCGCCUCAGCCGUUGUCAGGGGCCUGCACUUCAUGAAGGACGUCAACGCUGUUGCCAAAAUUCAUCACACUCAGCAGCUAUCUGAGCGCUUCGAUGGAAAGUUCUGCGUCCUCGCUACCUGUGUCGAAGGAGAUAAGACAACAUGGGGCUACUUCAUUGAUGAGAACGAGGAGAAUGCCCAGGCAAUGGCGGUUGUUUCGGCGUCAUUACACAUGUACCGUCGCAAGUUGUCAACCCUGCCGCUCAAGAAGCAAAACACCAUGAUCAAGAUCGCCACCGCGAGUGUAUCUCAGACUGCGGCGACAGCUUAA